GCCGGGUCUUUCCUUUCUUGACCGAAGGGGAAGAAAUCCGCCAUCUUGAAACGAUGCAAGCAUUGACCCGACCGAAAGCAAACGAUGCUGGGAUUGUAACUGUUUAUUAAGCAAAUGUUAUGACAUUGCGUUGGAGAAAAUUGAUCAGAGGAAUCGUUUACGACAUAAAUUAAGAAGGUACGAGGAUCCCGAUCGCUGACAAUGUAACGUUUGAUCGGAAACGCAGAGGAUUUGUUUGUGUGUACGAUUUCUGUUGUUUUAUCUCCGUUCGUACGGUUUACACUUCGCAACUAAUGGAUUGGGCCAGAAGACGGCAAUGACUAUACGUAUUUAUCACGGAUACAAGACAAUGUACACCUAUGUCAUCUUAACGUGUUGUUUAGGAAUCAGUGCGGCUAUCAAGCCAACUAUGAAAUCAUCAAUGAUGCAUUGUGAAUACUAUAAUGAAACACUCUGCCAAAGUAAUAAGGAAGGAAUUGGAUGCAAUGGAAGUGAAGAAUGCAAACCUAGUGAGAGUAGCAAAGGAAAUCUUUGUUAUAUUUUAUGGCAAAAUAAUUCUGAAGGAUAUAGUAUAAAAUUAAAAGGUUGUUGGGUAGGAAGCCAUCGUGAUUGCAUUGACAAAACACAAUGUAUGGAAACAAAAAGAGAACCAAAUGUUCAAGUAUUAUUUUGUUGUUGUGAAGGGGAUAUGUGCAACAAAUAUCUAUUGAGAUCACCAGUUACAAUACCAUCACCAAUUCAAGGUUUGUUUCUUAUUGUGUAUAAUGAAAUUUUUAUAAAAAAACUUUUAUUUCAUCAUAUUUUAAAAGUUACAGAAAUGAGUUUGCUUACAUUAUAGACGUAUUACUAUCAGUUAUAAAUUAUGGAUUCUUGCAAUUUGAUUUUAUAAGUGUAUAACUUCUAUUUCUUUAUUAUUUCAUACCUAACCAUGUAAGAAGUUGUUUAUUGUUGAAAAAGAAUAUUAUCAACACUAUAAAAUACUGAACAUCUCUCUUUAUAACAAAUGAAAUUAUAAAUUACUAGAAAAUUAGAUAUGUAAUCUAUAAUUCAUAGUUACAUGUAUAACUCCAGAUGUUUGAAGUGACAGACCCCAUUAGUGGCUGUG